AUGAUUGUCGCUGAGGCUCCAAAAACUUAUUUCGGUUCAGGAGAUAUACAAAAAUCAUUGGGUUCUCUUCCUGGAUUUCCAUGGGCAAAAUAUCCCAGAGAAAAACAUCUUCCCGGUCAUAAUUACACCGGUCCAGGUACUAGGUUAGAUAUGCGAUUAGACGAAAACGAUAAACCCAAACCAGGGGAAGAACCUGUCAAUAGAGUUGACGCCGCUGCGCUUAAACACGACAUACUUUCCAGAAAUAAAGACAUAAAGUUUAGACACGAAGCAGACAAACAAAUGAUAAUCGAACUUGAAAAUAUUCCAAAUCCAACUUUCAAAGAGAGAAUGGAAAGAGCAUUAAUCAUUAAACUGUUAAAAGCAAAGAUGAAAUUAGCGUGGAUAAAUAAAGCGAAACCUUACUUCCUGGAUCAAAUCGGAGACACUCUUCAAGGUGAUUUAGAUAUGAACAAUUUUAGCAUAACUAAUUUAAAGUCUCCGGAAAACGAUAAUGAUGCCAUUCACAAGAAAUAUUUAAUGGAUCAAUUAAAUUUAAUUGGAGUAGAUAAAGAACGUUUAAAAGAAAGAAUAAAUGAUGUGAAAAGAUUCUUCAAACGACAAAUAAAUAAUAAAGAUUUUAUUGAUGAUACUAAACUGCAACAAGAGGUACAAGGAUUAAUAAGUUUUAUUCAAAAAGAAUUGGUCAACGUAGUGAACAAAACUGAGUUACAAAAUUUAAUUUCAUUAAUAUCUAAAUUAGAGGAUAAGAUUGCAAAACAAAAAUUAGACAUUCAACAAUUGAUAGAUAACAUUCCAGAUGAAAAUACGUUUCAACAGGAAUUAAAUGCUCUGGAAACUAAACUUAACAGUGAAUUACAAAAAGAACUAACAAAUAUUAAAAAACAAAUACAAAACAUAGAUAUUGUUAUUCAACAACAAAUACAAAACAUAGAUGAUAGCGAAAUCAGAACCUAUAUUCAUCAACAAAUACAGAACAUUGAUGAUAGUGUUAUUCAACAACAGAUAAUCACUAUUAAUAACCUAGUUUUAAAACAGGACAAAAAUAUACUCGCAUUAGAAAAAACAAAUAUCAGACUAUAUUCUGUUCGAGAUUAUACUAUUCUAAAAAUUUUUGAUGAUGAUAAUGAUGAUUAUCCUCCAAUAGAAUUUACUUUCCGAGGAAAACUUAUAAUUGAAAUUACUUUCCCUUUUCAGGUAAAAGUUGAUUCAUUAUUCUUCAGACAAGAUACAACAAUAUCUAAUAAAAAAUUUAACGCUCGUAAAGUUCUUCAGUUUAUCAAUGGUACAAAAAAUGUAGAAACUAAAGAAUUAGAAAUUAACGACGAAAACACCAAGGUUAAUCACUUAUAUGAAAUUAAAACCAGUGGAAAAUAUAUAAAUAGGUUUAGAAUGUUAAUCAUACCAGAUAAAGAAGAAGAUGAAUUUAUAUUGAGUGAUUUUGAUAUGAUAUUGGAGACGGAAACUCCACCAUCAAUGAAUAUUAUUAGAAAUCCAGAACCAGAAAAAAAAAGAUAUAAGCGGUUAUGA